UUCAAUAAGCAAAGAUGGCGGCUAAGUAGAAAGUUUUGCUGGAUUGUUACUUACUUUUGGCAUUUUAAGUUGAUGGUUUCGCUAAAUAUUUAAUAGCUAACAAGUAUCUCGUGUCGCUAAAUUCCUAGGAUAUCAAUCUUAAAAUGGCUGGAUGGUCAGGGUUUUCGGAAGAGGAGCUACGAAAGUUGCAGCAAAAAGACCAGGCGGUGCCUGCGGCUUUAGGUCGUGGACGGAAACCAGCUCCUACUAACCGGAAUCGGCAGCAGUUGCAGCGAGAGAGAGCCCUCCAGUUAGCCACUCAGCAAAAGAGUGGACCCGGCUCGUCUGCACUACCACCCGAGCAGCAGCUAACCAAGCCUCCGCCGCAGCCCACUAAGGCCCUGCCGCAGGCUGUCAUUCAGCCCGUCGUCACCCCCACAAAGCCGGUGGAGGAACCCAGCCAAAAAGAGACCCUUGCCGUAAACCAUGCUCCUGCACCAGCAGAGGACACACCGCCUAUUGCCAGGGAGUUGGAAAAACAAGAGGUGAAAUUUCGGGAGAAGACUCGCAUAGAGCUGCUUCAGCAAGACCAAAAGAUGAUGGAAGAGAGGAAUAAGCGCAAGAAAGCCCUCCUGACCAAGACCAUCGCUGAGAAAUCCAAACAGACCCAGGCAGAGUCAGUGAAGCUGAAGAGGAUCCAGAAAGAGUUGCAGACUCUGGACAAUAUGGUGUCCAACGACAUCUGCAUUCUGAGAGGUGUGAUAGAGCAGACCAGCUGGGACUAUAACACUGCAAGGAAGCGCUAUGAGAAGGCGGAGUCUGAGUAUGUGACGGCCAAGCUGGACCUCCACAAGAAGACAGAGAUAAAGGAGCAGCUGACGGAGCACCUGUGUGCCAUCAUCCAGCAGAACGAGCUCCGCAAGGCCCACAAGCUGGAGGAGCUGCUGCAGCAACUACACCUCCAGGCCACGGAGGAGGAACAGGAAGAGGAGAGGAGAGAAGAGGAGAGGAAGCGGGAGGAGAGGAAGCGGGAGGAGGAGGAGGAGAGGAAGCGGGAGGAGGAGGAGGAGAGGAAGCGGGAGGAGGAGGAGGAGAGGAAGCAGAAGAGUGUCAUGGAGAACCAGGGAGAGGCAAAUGUCCCGUCUCCCCCAGAUACAGGGUCCACACCAGGGAUAGAGACUGAGACACAGGCAGGCAGUGCCAUGCUCCAGCAGGACUACCCUGCAGUGACGGGGAGCGAUCAGGACUGUAAAACGGCCAACAUCCCCCUAGCGGGGCAGAGCGAGGUUGAGGCCCCGGCUUCCUGAGACGAGGGGUAGUCCAUGAGAUGUCAGCCCUUACUUUCACUGUUCAAAGUAACAGACUCUUACUGACCCAGAAUGUUAGUCCUGCCCGUUACUACGUAGCCUCAGUAUACUAAUACUGUAUGUCCAAUACAUCCAUUAGGGGAUAUUUCCGCUCUUUGUGUAACAAUCCUGUGUACUGUAUGUGUAUAAACAUUCUACCGUUGGGGGAAAUUCAUUUUGAUUUGUACUGUCUGAGAACUGGCUCACUGAGUCUUCAUUGUGGAGCGAACAACAUUUGUAUUUUGUUACUGUUUGUCGGGUGGUUUGUCUGUAUGCUCUUAAUGUGGCGGUGUCUAAAAUGCUUCAAGCACUUAUUUUGCACAACAUUUACAUCCGAAGUGAAUACUCUGUGUCAUGCCUAGCCAAGCAUAUGUAGAACUGAAAGCAUAGCCGUCUUUUAAAAUUGGCCUGCUUUGUCUUUAUGGUGAAGCUGAAAGGAGGUGGUUAACAUUAAACCCCUGAAUGUUCCUCUGUACAGAUCCAGGCUACAGAUGAAUAGAAGAUACUUGUGUUCACUAAAGCAGCGCUGCCAGAUCUAUUCUCUCUGUAUGUUGUAGAUCAACAUAUUAUCUGUCGGGUUUUGCUAUCGAAGGGCUGGUAUUUCCCAAAACCAAACUCUGUCUGUCUCAGGCAUAUUAAAGACUUGCAGAUCUCCAGCAGGCUUCCUAAGGAAUGGUAAGGGGAUAUCUCAUAAUGUAUGUAUGCUCUGAGAGGAAACUGCUCCAUGGCAUGUUGCUGCUUUACUGUUAUGGAUUUAGAACAGCUUGUUUUCAGUGGCACUCUAUGGAACAAAUGUGUCUACAGCAAUAUAACAUUUAUCUGAUAUGAGUGUGCUGCAGCUAGUUGUCUUGUGUGUAAAAACAAGCUUUAUGCCCCUGGUUGUGUGCCAGAGAGUACCAAGUGGUUUGUUUUUAAAAUAUUAUCCUUACAAUGAAUGUUAUGUGAAUUUGUUUAAAUCCAACAUCUGUUGUUUUGUAUUGAAAUGGGCUUAUUAAAAGUGGGUGGAUAUUUAAACAUUUUAUUUUACACUAUGUGGUUAGUAUUUGGGUAUGUGUUCAUUUUUUAAAUGUUUUCUAUAUAUAUUCUGAACAUGAAUGCAACUGCACAAAACCUGUUGAUUGGAACACUUCUAUGCUGUUCAUGUCAUCUUGGUUGGUUAAAUUAGUAUGAAUGAAGUAUUAUAAUUAAAUGAAUACGAAACUUGUAUCUCUUUAUGA